AUGGCAGAAAUGAUUGGAGGUCUGAAUUUGGUGUUACUUGGAAAAAUAGGAGCUGGGAAGAGUGCAUCAGGAAACACAAUCCUGGGACGAAAAGCUUUUGAAUCAAAGGAAAGUUUCACCUCUGUCACACAAGAUCUGGCUGUUGAAUCUGGGACUGUCUGUGGACGACAGGUCACUGUUUAUGACACACCAGGAUUAUUUAACACAAAGCUUAGUGAGGAAAAGGUUCUGCAGAUAUAUGCAAAUGUUCUUCAGAGAUGUGAAUCAGGUCCCUGUGUGUUUCUGCUGGUCAUCAAAGCUGACAGAUUCACUGAAAAAGAGAGAAAAACUGUGGAGAAGAUUGAGGAGCUGCUGGGAGAAAACCGCUUGAAGAAAACCUGGAUUCUCUUCACUGGAAGAGAUGAACUGGAGGAAGAAAACAUAUCAAUUGAUGAAUUCAUCAAUGAGACUGAACCACUGAAGAGACUCGUUCAGAAAUAUGAUCAGAGAUACCAUGUGUUCAACAACAAGAAGAAAGGACCUAAUGGACAAGUUCCAGAGCUGCUUUCAAAAAUAGAUGCAAUAGAAAAAGGAGCAAAACCGAAGAAGACUCUAGUGAAGGGAGGAAAACUAAAAUGCAUUCCUGUCUCCAGAUUAACUGUGCAGGAGCCGCCGAGGUGGAAGAUAUUAGAUGAAGAGAGCCUUUGGGGCAUCAGAGAGACCCUUGAGACUGAUGAGCUAGAAACCUCCAGACGGAUUGUUCUUCUGGGUAAAACUGGAGUUGGGAAGAGUGCAUCUGGAAACACAAUACUGGGACAGAAUAAGUUUAACUCUGUGAGGAGUUUGAGUUCAGUAACUCGUGAAUGUUCAGUUUCUCACACCACUUUUUCAGGCAGAUCUGUGUCUGUAGUUGAUACUCCUGGAUUCAUUCACACACACAUGAAUCCUGAAGAGUUAAUGACAGAGAUAGCCAGAAGUGUUUAUUUAUCCAGUCCUGGACCUCAUGCUUUUCUCAUUGUGAUUAAUCUGAGUAUAACAUUCACUGAACAUGAGCAGCAGAUCACAGAACAGAUUAAAACACUGUUUGGUCAGGAAGUGUUAAAAUACUCCAUCAUUCUCUUCACUCAUGGAGAUCUGUUAGAUGGAGAGUCAGUAGAGAAAUUCAUUAAGGAGAACAGUAAAUUAAGAGAUCUAGUUGAUCAGUGUGGAGGCAGAUUUCACAUCUUCAACAAUAAAGAUCAGAGAAACAGACAGCAGGUGAAUGAUCUACUGCAGAAGAUUGACACAAUGAUAGAGCAGAAUGGAGGAGGACACUACAGUAAUCAGAUGCUUGAAGAUGCUCAGAGAUUCAGACGAGAGGAAGAAGAGAGGAGACCGAGAGAGGAAGAGGGGAGAAAACAACAAGAGGAGAAACAAAGACAAGAGGAGAUUGAGAGAGUGAGAAAAGAGACAGAGGAGAAAAUCAGAGCAGAAUUUAAAGGUCCACCAGCAUUUUUACUAGAAAGACUUAAACAAAUGAGACAGAGAGAGGAAGACAGAAAACGAAGAGAGGAGGAACAACAGGAGAUGUUUGAGAGAUUCUUUUGCCACCUGGGUUCGCCAAGGAGACAUAAGGCAAUGCUUAUGGAAAUGGAAAUGGAAACAUAUAUUGAAAUGCAGAGAAAACGACGAGAGGAGAAACAAAGGCAAGAGGAGAUUGAGAGAGUGAUAAAGGAAACGGACGAGAAAAUCAGAGCAGAGUUUGAAGGUCCACCAAGAUUUUUACUAGAAAGGUUUAAGUCAAUGAGACAGAGAGAGGAAGAGGAGAGAAAACAAAUGGAGAAACAAAGACAAGAGGAGAUUGAGAGAGUGAGAAAAGAGGCAGAGGAGAGAAUCAGAGCAGAGUUUGAAGGUCCACCAAGUUUUUUACUAAGAAUAUUUAAGUCACUGAGACUGAGAGAGGAAGUGGAGAAAACACAACGAGAGGAGAAACAAAGACACAAUGAUAUUGAGAGAGUGAGAAAAGAGACAGAGGAGAAAAUCAGAGCAGAGUAUGAAGGUCCACCAAGAUUUUUACUAGAAAGACUUAAAGCAAUGAGACUGAGAGAGGAAGAAAGGAUACAAAAAGAGGUGGAACGACAGGAGGUGUUUGAGAGAGUCUUUGACCACCUGUGUUUACCAAAAAUGCGUGUGGAAAUGCAGAGAAAACAACAAGAGGAGAAACAAAGACAAGAGGAGAUUGAGAGAGUGAUAAAAGAGACAGAAGAGAGAAUCAGAACAGAGUUUGAAGGCCGACCAAGAUGAUUGAGACACACUUAAAUCAAGUCAGAAAGAUCAAGAGAGAAAGCUACAAGCGGAAAAACAAAGACAUUUCAUGGACCAUCAGUAUUUCUACUAGAGAAAGAGAAUCAAGAGUAUAGAAUGUGAACUAGAAGCAAGAUUGAGAAGUGACAUAAGAAAAUUUAAUAUGGAAUGUGUCUUUAGUUGAUACUCUUGGAUUCUUUGACACACUAAUGAAACCUGAUGAAGAAAGAAGUGUUUAUUUGUCCAGUCCUCAUGCUUUUCUCAGUAUGAAAUGAGGAAAAAAUUCAAGAAUCAAGCAAUGGAGUUCAAUCCAUUUUUUCAGGGUUCUGCAUCAUAUAUAGUUUAGAAGAACUAAUGGAGCAGGAGGAAAUAAAGAGGAACAUAACUUGAGUGAUGAAGACAGAUGAGAGAAGAGUAUAAUCAGUGAAGAAUAAAAGAGGAUUCAACCAUUAUACAAUUGGCUAAAACCACUGCUACAUGCUUUGCCAAACUGCUGAUAAAAUCAGCCUGAGAAACUCAUCAUCAUCACGUUCCUCACUGCUGUGAUCCAGCUGGAGAAUCUGGGAACAGUACAGUAUAAAACACCAGAACAACUGUACACAAACAUUUCUGCAUCCAGAUGACGAGACGCUCUGGAUCAGAGAC